GUGUUUCACGCAGGUCAUUUGGUGCGCGAAGUGGAUGCGCUGGAUGGCCUGUGCGCUCGGAUAUGUGAUCAGUCGGCCAUCAAUUAUCAUGCGCUUAACACCUCACACGGUCUAGCAGUAAUCGGCCUUCGAGCGCAGAUUGACCGCAAACUCUACAAGAAACAUAUGCAACAGGAAAUACUGGAGCGUACGCCGGGUCUUGAUGUUGCAGCACGAGCGGUUGACGAUCUUGUCAUCGAGUAUGCUGAAGGAAAAUUACCGAAGGUUGUUGGUGUUGUAAGCGAUGAUCAGAUUUUAAAGGCAAAAGCGAUUGUGGUGACCACUGGAACAUUUUUGGGUGGUAAGGUAUACCGUGGUUCGCAGACUUACGCUGCAGGACGUCUCGGUGAGCAGGUAUGUGUAAAUUUAAAGCUGAUCUCUGGCGCAUCUGUUGUUUAG